UUGGUGCUUAUUGCCAAGUGGAAUGGCCUAGUCAAAAUAUUGAGUGGUUACCAAGUCGCUAUUGGUUGGAGAUUGUUUUGGUCUAUCUCGAUUUGUCAAUAUUUUCUGUUACCCUUGGUGCUUUCGGAUGUAAAAAAUGUCUAAAAAAGGAGGGUCAGAAAAAACGUUAUGGGACAUUGCUGUUGAAGAAAGAAUCAAAGAAGAAGUUGGAUACAAAGAUAAAGGGAAAGAAGACACCAGUGACCAGCCAACAGAAAGUUGUAUUUUGGUUUGUGGUAGCAAGCAAAGUGGGAAAAGCUCAAUGAUACUAAGGUUUUUAGAAAGGGAUGAAAACCCGAAGCCAACAGUAGCAUUAGAUUAUACAUUUGCCAGACGCCCAAGAGGACACAAAAUGAUCAAAGAUGUUUGCAAUAUUUAUGAACUCGGGGGAGGAGCAAGCAUGUCAAGACUGAUAGAAACCAUUAUAACAUCAUCAUCAAUAAGUUCAAAGAACUUGUCUAUAGUGGUUGUCUUGGAUCUUUCACGGCCAAACGAUCUAUGGGAGACCCAGGAGAUCCUUUUGAAAGAGGUAAAACAUUUAGUGAAGAAAGCAUUGAGCGAGAUUGAUCGAAGCGCCCCAAGCACUUCUGCUAAGAUGAAACAAAAAUGCUGGGAACGCGUUGGAGAAAACCAUGCGGACAAAAACUUGCUGGAUCCACUUCAAAUCCCAUUGCUGAUCAUUGGUAACAAAUACGAUAAAUACCAGGAAAUGGAGCCCGAAAAGAAGAAAAUUAUCAGCAAAACUCUUAGAUUCAUCGCCCACAAAAACGGCGCUUCUUUGCAGUUUUCAAGCAACAAAAUUGACAAUUUGAGUAGCAAGACUAGAAGUCUUUUUGCUAAUAUGGCGUUUAACAUGUCUGUUGGGAAAUCUUCUGUAACGGACCAUAACAAGCCAAUUAUUGUACAUGCUGGCCAGGAUAAAUUUGAUGAUAUCGGUGCCCCAUCAAUCUCAGCUGAUCGAAUGAUGCGCGUAAAAGGAGGGACUCCUGAUGAUUUGUGGAGAGAAUCUUUUUCAGAGGUUUUCCCUCCCCAGAAUUCUGAGAAAGAAGAGCUGAAAAACGACCCAUCAAAAGACCGACAAUAUGCAGAACAGAACAUUGAUGCCAUUAAAGCUCAAAAAGACCAGGAACUCGCCAACUGUCGCAAGCAAUCUGAAAGAAAGGCAAAGGAGGCAGGUGCUGGUUCAAGCCGGGCCUCGAAAUCAGAACAGAAGAGAAAAGCAAGAUGAUUGGUCUGGAGUGGAAAGUAUCACCAGCACGGGAAGCUUUGCACUUGUAUCUGGUACUCAUGUUGGCAUCACUAACAGGGCUGUGCUUGUCGUAAGUCUCUUGCAUAGACCAAUUAGGCAAAAUAAUUCAUUCGCUAUGUUUAUGCAAAAACGAAGGAACUGAAUUUCUCUUAAAAAGACGUUCUGUUAUUGUAUAAAAUUGUUUUAUUGUCUUUGAAGUGAAAAAAAAGUACUUACUUGUA